UUUCCGUCUGUGCAGAUGUUGCUCUGCUGGACCAUUGUCCUGCUGGCCACCGUCAGAGGGAAAGAGGUUUGCUAUGGACAUCUUGGCUGCUUUUCCAAUGAGAAGCCAUGGGCAGGGAUGAUUCAGCGGCCUUUGAAGAUGUUCCCUUGGUCCCCAGAGGACAUCAAUACCCGCUUUCUUCUGUACACAAAUGAAAAUACAAACAACUACCAAGUGAUCUCUGCCACUGACCCAGCCACCAUCGAGGCUUCCAACUUCCAACUGGACCGCAAGACACGGUUCAUCAUCCAUGGCUUCAUAGACAACGGAGAGGAUGCCUGGCUGCUUGACAUGUGCAAGAAAAUGUUUCAAGUGGAGAAAGUGAACUGUAUUUGCGUCGACUGGAAGCGCGGGGCCAGGACCGAAUAUACCCAAGCUGCCUACAACACUCGGGUCGUGGGCGCUGAGAUUGCUUUCUUAGUACAAGUGCUGUCGACAGAGCUGGGAUACAGCCCAGAGGACGUGCACCUCAUCGGCCACAGUCUGGGAGCACACGUGGCCGGGGAAGCAGGCAGGAGGCUGGAGGGGAACAUAGGCAGGAUCACAGGGCUGGACCCUGCAGAGCCCUGUUUCGAAGGCCUGCCAGAGGAAGUUCGGCUGGAUCCAUCAGAUGCCAUGUUUGUAGAUGUGAUUCACACAGAUAGUGCCCCAAUAGUUCCCUACCUAGGUUUUGGGACGAGCCAAAAGUCAGGCCACCUGGAUUUCUUUCCAAACGGAGGGAAGGAAAUGCCCGGAUGUCAGAAAAACAUCCUUUCCACUAUUGUUGACAUAAACGGAAUAUGGGAAGGAACUCAAAACUUUGCAGCCUGCAACCACCUCCGGAGCUACAAGUACUAUGCCAGCAGCAUUCUCAACCCCGAUGGCUUCCUGGGGUACCCCUGCACCUCCUAUGAAGAGUUCCAGCAGGUCCUGGAGGCUGGAUGUUGGAGAUACAAGGUGUCAGUCACACUGUCUGGAGAAAAGAAACUGAGUGGGUACAUCUUGGUCGCUCUGUAUGGAAGUAAUGGAAACUCAAAACAGUAUGAAAUUUUCAAAGGAUCCCUCAAACCAGAAGCAACGCAUGUGCAAGACAUUGAUGUGGACGUCGAUGUUGGAGAAAUCCAGAAGGUUAAGUUCCUCUGGAACAACAAAGUGAUAAAUCUCUUCCGGCCCAAGAUGGGAGCUUCACAAAUCACAGUGCAAAGUGGUAAAGAUGGGAAAGAGUACAACUUCUGUAGCAGCAACACUGUGCGUGAAGACGUCUUACAGUCUCUUUACCCUUGUUAAAGGUGUGCUCAGACUCUUGCCUCUUUUCCAUAAUAAAUGUUUUCAAUGCA